CUCUUUUUAUCAAGUUUUUUUUUUGCUAAACCAAUUUUUUAAUUCAAUAUUGUAAUUCUUUGGAUUUCUUUUAUACAUUUCUUUUUGACCUUUUAUUGUAUAAGCCAAUUUUUCAUCUUCUUACGCACACGACCACAAAACUAGACAAGGCACACAACAACCAACCACCCGCCGUCAUUGCCAAACCAUACCGCAGCCAUAGCUUCCCAUUGAGCACGAUCAACACUGUCGAGAAAAUCGAGCAACCAAGUCAAUCAUACCAGAGAAUACGUAAAAAAAACCCACACCCCAGAAAAUCGAGGCAGAAAACCUAUUCACACCACUGCUGUCAUUUUAUACCUUUUACACAUACCCCUCAAUUCAAUCAUCAUGACGUGGUCGUGUUCUUUCAAGCGCUCGACCUUCACUCUAGCGCGGCGGAUGGCGCCAAUGCUGCCCCUGUUGUUCACACUCCUAAUAAGCAGCAUGUGGGUUGCUAUCACGAGCGCGUCGCCCGUACCACAAGAAGAAGCGUCACCAAGCAUAGUCACCGUGCUUGGUGCGCCCCCUCCAACAACAUCGAUAUUUCUAGAGGCAACGUCGCCACCAGAUACCACGCCGACUGAGACUUCAAACAACGGCGUGCAGAGAAAAAUCAGCAUCUACUACAUAUUAAUCAUAUGCGCAUGCGUCCUCGUUGCCCUGAUAUUCUUUGGCACGAUUAUGCAGCGGAUGCGAAUUCGAAAUCGCAAUGCAGCAAGGGAGCUCGAGCAAAGAAGAAUCGGCGCGUUUAGUGGGGCAGAGCAACAACAACAAUUACAAGGGAAUGGCCGCAAAGAUCUCUUUGUUCUUAGUCAGAGCCAGUUUGACCUGCUGCCACACAAUAUUGCCAGGGGUCCAUUGUUGGACGCAAAAAACGACGACGCGUCUGAUAAUGAUGCGCAGCAUAUAGACGGUAAGACUAACAGCAAAGACGUAUUGCAAGAGAAGCUUUUUGACAAAGAGCCCGAGAGCUGCUCCAUCUGUCUCUCGGAUGUCGCUAGCGGAGAUAAGCUGGUGUACCUGGUGCCGUGUCUCCAUGCAUUCCACGUUGACUGCGCUGGCCCUUGGCUUAUGAAAAAGUCUACGCUGUGUCCGUUGUGCAAAGCAGAUGUGGUUAAGGGACUGGGAAUAUUGGCAACGCAGUCUGACAACAACGAUAAUGUUGAAGUCAGCGAUAAUUUUGAAGUCAAUGCCAGCACCGAAGCUAAUGUUGGGGCCGAUGCUGAGACUGUAACGGAAGUGGUAUCCGUUCCAGGUAGUGGGCUGCAACUAGUAAAUGUACCUUACCGCUGGACCGAGAGUGACGCUGCAUUGCCUCAAGCGCGGAGGAGUCGAGGCAGCAGCGAGUUCCAGCGAGAACUGGCCAUUCCUGCUUUCCCAGCAAGAGUGCAGGUUCUAGUCAGUCCCAUUUUUUAUAGCCAGCUAUAACAUUAUUAUAAAGCAUUUUUAUUAUUUAUAUUGUUAUGCAUAUGUAAGGUUUUUGUUUUAAUUUAGGCAGUU